UAGGAGAAGAAAUCUCACCCUGACACUGCACACCCCACUAUGGACACCAGGAGACCACCCCCCUCCCCCACCUACCUGACACCCCGAACACCCACCUUACUACUCGCCCUGUGCCUGUCCUCCCUCAUCCUUCCAGGGAAAUCAGAAGACUUCCAACUGCCAGGAUCUCCGAAUGACAUCCCCCUCCAACCCAACAGCCUGGCGGUGGCCCUCGGGGAGUUGCUGGACUACAACCAGGACAGGAGUCUGAGUCUGGAGAAGAAAGCAAGUCAGCUGCCCCGGUGUGACGUCGGGGAACGUUGCGCCAUGAAGCACGGCCCGCGGAUCGGGAAGUUGUGCGACUGCCUGCGAGGAGCCUCCUGCAGCUCAUUCAUGCUGCGAUGUUACUAGCCCCUCCCACCCAUGGGCGGGGUCACCGGUCGCCCUUGUGAUGACACCGUCUUGUACUCCGCCGCCGUUUCCCGCCAUCCCUGCGACUUACUGUCCCACUUAAACCCCA